AUGAAAACGCCAAACGUAAAGCUGGAUCAGUGGCACAAAUUCCUGGCCGCGAAUUCCAAGGUCGAAUUCGUCUGGCUCCAGGUGCUGUCCUAUUCGUCUAGGCCGUAUGUGCGAAUUGUCCCGACGGCCAGAUUCACCGAGAUCCUCCAGAGCAGAAAGUACGUAUCGGUGCCGACGGCCGCGUUCUCGUUUGAUCCCGAGGACCACCUCGUCAGAGGGAGCUCCCCAUGCGGUACUUUCUAUCUCUGUCCCGACCUGGACAGCAUCUACUGCCAGGCGGGCUCGGAGGGCACCCGGGCAGUAGUCCAAUGCAGCUGUGUCGACGAGGGCGACACGCCCAUCGACGAGUGCGCCCGCUCCAGACUCCAAGCGCUAGAUGAGCUCGUGCAGCGUGAAACGGGGUUGACAGCGCUGGUCGGCUUCGAAGUCGAGCUGGUGCUCAUGAAAGCCGAGUCGCAACCGGACGGAACAGUGCAGUACCGUCCCCUGAGUGACGUGCACAAUUGGUCGUGCAUCACGCUAGAGGAUACCAAGAUCCUGGGCGUGCUAGAGAGCAUAUCCCGCUCCUUAGCCGACGCAGGCGUCCAGAUCGAACAGUUCCACGCCGAGUGUGCCCCCGCCCAGUGGGAGUUCGUUCUGCCCCCGGCGCCCCCCGUCCAAUCCAUCGAUAUGCUGCUGCGAGCCCGCGAGACCAUUCGCACCGUCGCCUUCUCACACGGCCUGCACGCAACCCUGUACCCGCGCCCGUCGCCGGACCACGCUGGCACGGGCGCUCACGUCCAUAUCUCGCUAAACAGCCCGGGCGAGGAGCGACUGGCGGCCAACCGCGUCGAGCCGUUCUUCGCUGGGCUGGUGCAGCACAUGCCGGCUAUUCUGGCCUUUGCGCUGCCAAUGGAGCCGAGCUACGAUCGCCUGAAGGCGGGCAUCUGGAGCGGCGGGGAGUACGCGUGCUGGGGGUGGGAGAACAAGGAGACGCCGCUCCGGCGAGUCAAGGGCAAUCGGUUCGAGUUCAAACUGAUGGACGGACUGGCCAACCCGUUUCUCACGCUUGCGGCCAUCUUUGCGGCCGGACUUGAGGGGCUGCGGUCGAAAAUCAGGUUAGAGGGAGGACCUUGUCCCCAGGCGGCAGCGGAUCUUAGCAAUGACGAACGGCGCAAACUGGGGGUGCAUAUUUUGCUCCCUCGGACGCUUGAUGAGAGCUUGAGGGAGCUCGAACGCGAUGCCAGUCUCUGUGGCGCCCUCAGCAAGCAAGCUGUGACAACCUAUGGGGGACUCAAACGGGGCGAGGCCGAAUGGUUUCGGCGGAUGGAGCCUGAAAAGCAGAUGGCUUGGUUGAUAUCUAGGUACUGA